AUGCAAGAAGAGGAAGUUGAAAUUAUUCGAUUUAAUCAAAUAUCAGUUCUUGAGAUGGAUGAAGAAAUUGAUUCAGAAAAAGAUGAAGACGAUAGAGAAAUUGACGAAUCCACAAUAAAAAUCUUAUGUAAUAUUUCUGAUAUUA